AUGGCACCGCGUUUGGGGCUCUUUCUGAUUUGGGCUGGCGCAUCUGUGUUUCUACAACUGGUCCCUGUGAAUGGAGAUGAGAACAACGGUGUUUCUACUGAACAUACUGGAGACAAGUCUUCUGCUGAAUCAGCUGAAGGUAGUGUUCCUGCCGCAGAUACCUAA